UCUUGUCAGCUGUCAACACUCAGUCUGUUCGAGAAUUAUCAACGAAUUACUCAUUUUCUUUGCUUUUAAACUAUUUUUAAACCUAGAUAAUAUAUUACAAUAAAACAGAUCUUUCAAUAUUCAAGAUGAGUAUACAAUGGACAUUAAUUGCUGGGUUUCUUUAUGCAGAAAUAGCUUUUGUACUUCUUCUAGUCUUACCAGUUGCAAGUCCCAAGAGAUGGAAUGCUAUUUUUAAAUCCAAGUUUUUGCAGACCAUACAGAGGCAAGCCGGUAUUUAUUUUCUUAUUUUAUUUGGGACCUUGGUAUUGUUUCUGCUUGAUGCAAUUAGAGAGAUGAGGAAGUACUCUAAUAUUGAGAACGAGGAACAUGGACAUGCUCAUUUAGAUAAAGAAAUGCAAGGCAGUAUGAGACUUUUCCGAGCACAACGUAACUUUUAUAUUUCUGGAUUUUCAUUAUUUCUUGCACUGGUUAUAAGACGUUUAGUUAUUUUGAUUUCAUCCCAAGCUACUUUGUUAGCUCAGUCUGAGGCAUCAAUGAGACAAGCUGUAAGUGCGACAACUGCUGCAAAAAGUCUACUAGCUAAAAGUGAUGAACCUAAAGAGAAUCUACAGAAGGAACCUUAUGGAAAAGUGGUCUCUGAAUUGAAAGAGACAGUGAAAAGUUUAGAGGAGGAGUUAUUAAAAGAAAAGAAAGAUAAGUCUGUUAUUAAGGCUAAGUUUGACGAUUUAGCUAAAGAACAUGAUCGUCUGUCCAUUGAAAAUAUUAAGUUGCAGAAGAAAAUUACAAUUGGCGCUGGAGAUAAGAAGAAUGAAUAAUUUAAGUGCAUGCACAAAUAUAUUUUAUAGGUGUAAUUUAUUCAUGUUUAAUAUUAGCUUAGAAUAAGAAAUGUUUGUCUAAUUUUGUUAACAAUAUAUUAAAAAUUAUAUUAAAAUUA